AUGGCCAACCUAACAACGGCGUUCGACGCCUUUCUCCAGGGCCAUGAAGUGCCCCCGACUAAGCCCUUCAGUGUCGACACGGCGGACGAAUUCUUGAAGGAGGCGUACCGGAUUAACUCGCUCAUUGCGCGUCUGCACGCCGAGCUGCGCAACCUGCGCCAGGCCUACCUCUCGACCGCCCCCCCGCGCAAGACACACCUGCGAACGGCCGCAUCAUCCCGCAGCGCGCCUCCUCAACAUGUCGCACUCACCGACCGAGACCGCGAAGAAAUCGACGCCAAUGCCAAGAUGACGCUCCGCGAUCUCAAUGCCCGUAUCCGUGCCCUCGAGGAUGCCGAGCAGCUACGGCAAAACACUGAGACCGCGUUACUUCGCAAGCGCCUGUCGCGUGGCCUUGGGGUGUUGGGGGCUUGGGCAACUCGAGAUGAUGCUCGCGACGAGAAGGCCCUCCUUGAGGCGGCCGCCCGGCAGCUCGGGGCACACCGAGAAAGCGUGGUAUGGUUCCUCCGCACGCGGCUCCAAGAAACAGCACGGACACAGCAGCACAUGAUGGAGGCGCGCUUGACCAGGGAGAUGGAGAAGAACAGGAGCGUGCUGGCGAAAGCAAGAAGCUCUACGACACCCCUCGGCGCUCACAAUUUUACGACGGCUCAUGGCGGGGGGCAACGGCCAGUCGGCAUUGCCUCUGCUGGGUCUGACUUAUCAAUACGGGAAGAGGAAGCUGGGAAGAUGCCGGAGAUGGAUAUUACGGACGACCAGAGGCAGUUGUUUGAGAAGGGGAACCAGGAUAUGCUUAAGCAUCUGGAGAGCACCCUGGACAAAGUCAGAACCGCCGAGUCGUCCCUUCUUGAAAUCGCCGAGCUACAAAACAUGCUUGUCAACAAUCUCACGACACAGUCGGCUCACAUCGAUCAAUUGGUGGCCGACUCGUUCGAAACCACAGAAGGCAUCGGGAAGGGGAACAAGGAGUUGAAUAAGAGCGUGGGCCGGCCCAGCCAGGCCCGUUACACCUUUUUCGCCGCGGCAGGGCUAUGUACUGCACUUAUCUUAUGGGACUUGGUCAUUUAG